AUGUCUGUCAUUGCCCACGUCGAUCACGGAAAGUCAACCCUGACCGACUCCCUUGUGCAACGAGCCGGUAUUAUCUCUGCAGCCAAAGCAGGUGAAGCACGUUUUACCGAUACUCGAAAGGACGAACAAGAACGAGGCAUCACAAUCAAGUCCACUGCCAUCUCUCUAUACGCCCAUCUGCCCGACGAGGAGGAUCUCAAGGACAUCCCACAGAAAGUUGCCGGUAACGAAUUCUUGAUCAACCUGAUCGAUUCCCCCGGUCACGUCGAUUUCUCUUCAGAAGUCACGGCUGCGCUUCGUGUCACUGAUGGUGCGUUGGUGGUCGUCGACACCAUCGAAGGUGUCUGCGUUCAGACCGAGACUGUUCUGCGACAGGCCCUGGGCGAGCGUAUCAAACCUGUUGUCAUUAUCAACAAGGUCGACCGUGCCCUCCUUGAACUGCAGGUCUCCAAAGAGGAUCUGUACCAAUCGUUCUCCCGUACCAUCGAGUCGGUGAAUGUCAUCAUCUCCACCUACUUCGACAAAGCUCUGGGUGAUGUCCAGGUCUUCCCCGAGAAAGGCACCGUCGCCUUUGGCUCCGGUCUUCACGGCUGGGCCUUCACCAUUCGACAAUUCGCCCUCAGAUAUGCGAAGAAGUUUGGCGUUGACAAAUCCAAGAUGAUGGAACGUCUCUGGGGCGACAACUACUUCAACCCAAAGACCAAGAAAUGGACCAAGGUGGCCGAGCACGAGGGCAAGCAACUUGAGCGUGCCUUCAACCAGUUCAUCCUGGACCCGAUCUUCAAGAUCUUUGAUGCUUUCCAAAAGGGCAAAGUUGACGACCUGGUUAACCUGACCGCUAAACUCGACAUCAAGAUCACCAACGAAGAGAAGGAGUUGCCUGGGAAGGGUCUCCUCAAGGCUGCCAUGCGCAAGUUCUUGCCAGCCGCCGAUGCUCUCCUCGAAAUGGUGGUUAUCCACUUGCCAUCUCCAGUUACCGCGCAGAAGUACCGUGCUGAGACCUUGUACGAAGGUCCUCCGGAUGACGCAUCCUGCAUCGCCAUCCGCGAGUGUGACCCCAAGGCUGAUCUCAUGCUCUACGUUUCCAAGAUGGUGCCCACUUCUGAUAAAGGUCGAUUCUACGCCUUCGGCCGUGUCUUCGCCGGUACCGUGCGCUCUGGCUUGAAGGUCCGUAUCCAAGGACCCAACUACGUCCCCGGCAAGAAGGAGGAUUUGUUCGUCAAGUCCAUCCAACGUACCGUCCUCAUGAUGGGUCGUACCGUUGAGCCUAUCGAUGAUUGCCCUGCUGGUAACAUCGUUGGUCUCGUCGGUAUUGACCAGUUCCUGCUCAAGUCCGGUACCCUCACCACCUCCGAGACGGCUCACAACCUCAAGGUGAUGAAGUUCUCUGUCUCGCCUGUUGUGCGACGUUCUGUGGAAGUGAAGAACGCCAACGACUUGCCAAAACUGGUCGAAGGUCUUAAGCGAUUGUCCAAGUCCGACCCUUGCGUCAUGUGCACCAUCUCCGAAUCUGGCGAGCACGUCGUCGCUGGUGCUGGUGAGCUUCACUUGGAAAUUUGCCUGAAAGACUUGGAAGAAGACCAUGCCGGUGUACCGCUCAAGAUCAGCGACCCUGUCGUGUCCUACCGUGAGACUGUUGGUGGCACUUCUAGCAUGACCGCUCUGUCCAAGUCGCCCAACAAGCACAACCGUCUGUACGUUGUUGCUGAGCCGCUUAGCGAGGAGGUUUCCAAGGAAAUCGAGGACGGCAAGAUCAACCCCCGUGAUGACUUCAAGGCCCGUGCCCGUGUCCUUGCUGAUGACCACGGCUGGGAUGUUACCGAUGCUCGAAAGAUCUGGGCAUUCGGACCCGACACCACUGGCCCCAACUUGUUGGUUGAUCAGACCAAGGCGGUCCAAUACCUCAACGAAAUCAAGGACUCUUUCGUCUCUGGCUUCCAGUGGGCCACCCGUGAAGGUCCCAUUGCAGAAGAACCUCUGCGAUCUGUCCGGUUUAACAUCAUGGAUGUCACCCUUCACGCCGAUGCCAUUCACCGUGGUGGUGGUCAAAUCAUCCCCACUGCCAGACGUGUGCUCUAUGCUGCCACGCUCCUUGCCGAGCCUGGUCUGCAAGAACCCGUCUACCUGGUGGAGAUCCAAGUUCCAGAACAGGCUAUGGGUGGUAUUUACGGUGUUCUUACCCGCAGAAGAGGACACGUCUUCGCUGAGGAACAACGUGUGGGUACACCUCUCUUCACGGUCAAGGCUUACCUUCCGGUUAUGGAGUCCUUUGGCUUCAACGCCGACCUGCGCGCCGCCACCAGUGGUCAGGCAUUCCCUCAAUCCGUCUUCGACCAUUGGCAAAUUCUUCCGGGUGGAUCUCCACUUGACGCCAGCACAAUGCCGGGCAAGGUCGUCGAACAGACGCGUACGAGAAAGGGUCUCAAGCCGCAAGUUCCGGGCUAUGAUAACUACUAUGACAAGUUGUAG